ACUGACACGGUGUCCUGGGGAAUCUGUGUAUCACACUGCUGCAUGACCACCGCGAGGAUCGGCAUUCAUGGUCUGGGUUCAGUGGUUCUUGUUCGAUAUUUUUAGUUGUACGGCCUUUUUUCCUUCCUUUUUUUAAAUUAAAACAGCAAAUCUUGUUUAUGCAUCUGUCGUCUGCUGAAGGUAUCCAGGCAUUUGUUGGCAGAGGAUACCCUAAACCCAAUGACGGAUUUCUCAUCAUAUGGAAAGUAUUAUACAGUUUGGGUCAUGGUUUACUGACCCAAAGAGUAAAAUAUAGGCGCACGGAUAAAACAAUAACACGCUCAUCACGAGAGAAGUUUGGACAACAAGUUACAUUUCAUCUGAAACUGAAAGCUUGUAGUGAACUCACAGCUGCCAAAGGAAAAGCAAACAGUUAUGAUGCCAUCACUACCGAAUGAGCAAAACAAUCCUCAGCCUCAAACAAAUCCACAAAACACUUGUUCUAAAAAACAUAAAAAAGAUAACUUCUGUGCUAUAACUAUAAAUGGAACCUCCCCACCCAUGAUGAGAUACAUUGGAUUAGAGAAUCAGGGAGCCACAUGCUACUUGAACACAGUGCUGCAAAUACUCUUCAUGACAGAGGAGUUCAGAGAGGCUGUGGAAAGGUAUGUGAUGAAUAAUUCCAGUUCCACCAUUAAUAAUCACAUUGCACAGUUAUUUGAGUGUUUAAAGUCUGGAGAGAGAAACACUGCCACCACUGAAGGAAUAACAGCUGAACUGAAAAUCAAUGUUCAUAAGCAGGAAGAUGCUGCAAAAUGUCUUCAGAAGAUACUCAACAAGGUCGCUCCUGAAAUAUCUAAGAUAUUUCAGGGAAGGAUGGCACAAACCACCAUUUGUAUGAAUCCAGCAAAAGAACAUGAACCUCUGAAGCAAGUUAAAACCUUUUUCAUUUUAUCAAUUUCCUUGAAUUCAGAGCCACCCGUACACAUGCAAAAGUGCUUUGAUUCAUAUUUUGCACCAAUCAUCAUGUAUGGGGAAGACCAAGAAGUGUACUGUAAAGGUUGUGAAACGACGAUGAAGACAACAAUUAUCUCCAGUUUGCAGGAAGUCCCUUAUGUUCUGGUAUUGCACCUGGAGAGAUUUGAAUUUGAUUAUGACACCAUGUGCUGCGUAAAGAAUUACUCCUCAGUUCAAAUUCCCCUCAAGUUAUUUGUGAAGGAAGAGGCUGGUGUAAAUCACACAUAUGAUCUGUACGCUAUAGCCAACCAUUCUGGCUCUCUCAAUGGAGGACACUACUAUGCUGACAUCAAAGAUGAGAACGGCUGGUGUCGAUUUGAUGAUUCUGUAGUGAAUAGACUCGAGAAGUAUUUGAAACGUGAUUCAGAUGUAUGGAGUGAUGAAGCAUAUUUACUUUUGUACAAAAAAUGCUCAAAAAGUAAAGUGGACACUUUCUCUGUGGUCAGUGAGACAGAAAGUCCAAAGAAAAAGAGAAAAAGAGCAAAAACUCCGCCAGAAGAUCACCUAAAGUCUGUGAAAAUAAGAAAAUGCAGUGAACAUGACUCUCAGUCUACAGAGAGUAAUGAGCAAAAUCACCUGAAUAACAGUGAUUCUAACUCAGAAACUGAAGCACAUGCCUCAAAAACCAUGCCAACUGAACCUGGACCAGAUAAAGAGUCACUAGAUGCAGAUCAAAAUCAACCAACAACAAACAAUUCAUCUUUCGAGACGGACUGUCAGUUCAGUGGAAGUGAGUGUGAAAAGGGGAAGGUCCAGCAAGAUCUCCAGUCUCUCCAGAAAAACAGUGAUUCUAACUCAGAGACUGAAGCACACACCUCACAGAACGUAACAGAUGAUCCUACACUUGAACACUUGCAGUCGAUUGAUGGUGAUAAUGGCAAUCAGUUGAAACUACUUCCUUCUAGUGCAGGUCAAGUCUCUACUGGAAGAGCACUCAUGAAAUAUUUUAUCGGGAUGCUGUUAUUAUCUCUUCUUGUUUUUCUUAUCCUUUUUCUUAUUAGCUAUUAUUGUCCACCUCACCUACUGAUAUUUAGUGUUGCUGUUCAUCUUAUUACUCUCAUUUGUCUUCUUCUUCUUCUGGCAAUAUUUGUUGUGUCUUACUUGCUCCCCACUAUGUUUACUAGAAACAGAAAUUAUGAGUCACAGCACUCUGGUGUGAUAUGAUUUUUAAAGAUUCCUGCGUUAAUAUUGCACAAGGAAACAAGAUGAUGAGUUGUCCAACACUUUGAAAUAUUAAUGACCAGAAUCAUUUCUUAUUGGAGAAGAUGAAACUGAGAUGUGUGCUCCAGAAACACCCGGGAGAGGGUUUGACUGUAUUAUCUUGUACUGUGAUGCAGCCACAGGUGCUCAGCUCUUAAAGCCUGUAAACUGUAUAUAUUCCCAAUGUGAAGACAAGAGGAGUAUGGCUCUUUUCCACUUCCAGCACUGAUCAUAGUAGACAGACAUUAAUCCACCAAGCGA